AUGUUUCAAAUCACUCGUGAAGCGCAAGUCCCGAGGGAAUUGGUACCUGCAUUAGAUUCAUCGUUAUUGGUAUUGUCCGAGACGCAGUUGACUUUCCUGCAUGCACUCGUCUCACCAGACGACCAAGAGCUACGGCGGAAGAUCCUCGCGGUGCAGAAAGGAGCAUACGAGAGAUACCCAUACCCUUGUAUACGUAGCUUUCAUCAUGUGAGCCUCAUGGCGUCGGCAAAUCCUGUGUACUCAGCGGUGCUCAACGCAGGAAGAUCCGGCAACACGAUCUUCCUUGAUAUCGGGUGCUGCAUGGGCACCGACGUGCGCAAGCUCGCAUUCGACGGUUACCCCGCCCCACAGAUUCUCGGGUGCGACCUCCGACAGGAGUAUAUCGACGAUGGCUACAAGCUCUACCAGGACGCCGCGACCUGCCCCAUCCACUUCUUUACCUCCGACAUAUUCAGCGUGCCCGUAUCCUUCGACGCGCGCACUCCAGGAUCUGCAGACAUCUCAACCGUUACGGAGCUUGUUCAACUACAGGGCACAGUGAUGCACAUCUACACGGGCGCGCUAUUCCACUUGUUCGAUGAGACAACGCAGUACGCAAUUGCUCUCCGUGUGGCCGCGUUGCUCAAGCAUGAGCCCGGUGCCAUCGUGUUUGGGCGGCACUCUGGUCUCGAGCACGAGGGCAUGAUCGACGACCACCUUGGCAGAACUCGCUACGGGCACUCCACGACAUCCUGGCCAUUAUUGUGGAAGAAGGUUUUCGCAGAGGCGGAAGGGGCGGAAUUUGCGGAGACACGCGUCGUCACGGAGGUCAAGCGUGAAGAGCACCCGUACAGCUUAAGCAGACAACGUGGACAGCACAUGCUCAUCUGGAGCGUCAGGAUUCUAUGA